AUGCCUGGGUUUUUAUCAGGGCAAGAUUGGUCGCACAGCCCAGGCUACAAUUGUCACAAUGGCGGGAAUCAAUUCCAGCAAUUCUCUUCAUACCCAUACUCGUCAACACCAUUCCACCAUGACCUUGAAUAUCAACAUAAUGCUUGCUGUCCUGGCAAUACGGGCACUUCAACUUGGUCCGACCAUAGAUUUGAAAUGCCUUUGUGGCCUGCAAAUCCCACCGGAAAGCCUCCAUGGACAUGGCAAUGUGAUCGAGAUCCUUAUGGGCAAUACCCGGACUAUAGUUUCUCUUCCAGACCUGGAUACAGCACAGUAUGGAGCGAUUACGGGGCCUGUAAUGACAAAGUCCACAAAGCAGUAGUCAUUUGCAGAGCUGAAGAAACGGAAAGUUGUAAGAAACAGAUUGCAACUCUGGACCACAAGCUUCGUGAACACUGCACAAAGGCGAUCGAGAACACAUGCAAAAAUAACUUCCGUCAACCUCAGUCUGGGGAUGACUGCAAGGAAAGUUGCAAAAAGGAAAAGGCUUUUCUGGAAGAUCGACUCCAAGCACAGUGUGCAACUGCACAAUUAAACGCAGCAACAAAAUGCAAAAGUGACCAAGAUACGAUGGCUGAAGGGCACCGAAAAUCAAACAAGUUGCUCGAGCAGGAGAACGAGAGGUUAAGGAAGCAGAACGAUGAGCUUACGCAAAAGGCAAAGGACGACCAGAAGACCAAGGAGGCGCUCCAGCAAGAGAAUGAUCGACUGAAGAAUCAGGAGGACAAGAACGCCCAGAAGGCAAAGGACAAUCAGAAGGCCAAGGAGAAGCUUGAACAGGCCAACGAAGCGCUUGAGCAGGAGAACAAAGGUUUGAAAAAGCAGAACGAUGAACAUGCGCAAAAGGCAAAGGAUGAUCAGAAGGCAAAGGAAAAGUCCGAGCGAGACAACGAAGAGCUCGAACAAGAGAACAAGAAGUUGAAGAAGCAAAACGACGGACAUACGCAAAAGGCAAAGGACGAUCAGAAGAUCAAGGAUGACCUCGAGAAAGAAAAUGACAGAUUGAAGAAGCAAGAGGGGAAGGACCCCCAGAAAACAAAAGAUGACCAAAAAGCUAUGGAAGAUCUUAAGAAAGAAAACGACAGAUUAAAGAAGCAAGAGGGGAAGGACCCCCAGAAAACAAAGGAUGACCAGAAAGCUGUGGAAGAACUCAGGGAAGAGAAUGACAGAUUAAAGAAGGAAGAGGAGAAAAACGCCCAGAGGACUAAGGACGACCAGAAAGCUAUGGAAGAACUCAAGAAAGAAAACGACAGAUUAAAGAAGCAAGAGGGGAAGGACCCCCAGAAAACAAAGGACGACCAGAAAGCUGUGGAAGAACUCAGGGAAGAGAAUGACAGAUUAAAGAAGGAAGAGGAGAAAAACGCCCAGAGGACUAAGGACGACCAGAAAGCUAUGGAAGAACUCAAGAAAGAAAACGACAAAUUGAAGGCAGAAUCGAGACCAGAGCAACAACUCAACAAAACCGCUUCUCAGCCCAACUCCUCGAAAUCCGAGCUUGAAGCUUUCUCUGGUAAAGGCUGCCCAUCACUGCACGGUGAAAAAGCAACAGUAUUUGGUGUGACAUAUGAAGCUUUCUGCGGCGCUAGACCUCGUGGUCGAUACACCGAUGACUACAUCAACUCGAAGAAUCUUGGGGACUGCAUGGGAGCCUGUACAGUUGACCGAAGCUGCCAAGGAAUCCACUAUGAGACUUCCCUCGCCCGGUGUCGGAUGACAAUGGAUUGGGACAAUCCUCCACGCCUGUGGGCGGAUAGUUCGGAAUUUAGUCUCGUUCCUGUUGCUCCCCGAGAGGGAGGCAUCGGUGCCAUGACACCAGACGUCCCUAGUAUUUUGAUCAAGGAUAAACACGGGGAGUACGCCGGUUGUCCAGACACAGAUGGCAUGAUUGUUUCCGCUGGGUCACUUCAAUUCCGGGUCCACUGCAGGAUAUACCAGCCCAAGAAGCAUAUUGAAAAACUGGGUUCGUCGCUCAGACUUAGCGGGAUGCUGGCUAUCUGUGCUCUUAACCCAGGUUGUCAAGGUAUUGCAAAUUUUGCCAGCACCAGGUAUAUGAUUGCAGAGCAUGAAAGAUUGCCGGAAAGGACGAAGAAUUCGGAUCUUGUGAAGGAGUAUGAUUGGGUUGUCAUGUUGACAGAGCCGAGAGUGGCAACAUAA